AUGGUGCCUACAGCACUCUGGCUGGGUCUCGAUCUUUGGUUUCCAAUGGGCACCCUUCUGCCUCCUCUUGUGUUUACCUCUUGCUUGGUGUGCCUCAUUCUACGUGCCUGUGGCCAGACAGCCAACAGUUUAAGGGACAGCACCAUCUCUGUUGAGGUCUUUGGCCAAGAUAAAGCUUACAGCCUCAUUCAGCCGGGUCUCUUCCUAGACUCCAAAGUCCCCUCCAACCAGUCAGGAAUCUUCCUCAGAGAUGCCAUCACUCAGGGCCCACAGCUUUCAGUCAUGUGUGCAAAGCGGACGGAAAUCAGGCGAGCCUUUAAGUACAUCAACACCUUUGUGUCCUGCACAAUCUUCAUAGUUGGCAUCAUCGGCAACUCCACCCUGCUGAGGAUCAUCUACAAGAACAAAUGCAUGAGGAAUGGGCCAAAUGUUCUCAUUGCCAGCCUGGCUCUGGGGGACCUUCUCUACAUCCUUAUUGCCCUGCCCGUCAAUGUUUAUAAGCUGCUUGCGGAAGACUGGCCCUUUGGUGUUCAUGUUUGCAAGUUGGUACCCUUCAUCCAGAAAGCCUCCGUUGGCAUCACUGUCCUCAGCCUCUGUGCUCUCAGCAUAGACAGGUACAGAGCUGUGGCCUCCUGGAACCGGAUCCAAGGGAUUGGCAUCCCCAUGUGGAAAGCAGUCGAGGUGACUCUCAUCUGGGCACUGGCCAUCAUCCUCGCCAUCCCUGAAGCUAUUGCCUUCGACCUGGUGGAUCUGGAUUACCGGGAAGAGACCCACUGGGUUUGCAUGCUGGCCCCACACCAGAUGUCCAGUUUCAUGACGUUCUACAAGAACGCGAAGGACUGGUGGCUUUUUGGCUUCUAUUUCUGCCUGCCUCUGGCCUGCACUGGUGUCUUCUAUACUCUCAUGUCAUGUGAGAUGCUGAGCAAGAGGAAUGGCAUGAGGAUAGCACUCAAUGACCACAUGAAGCGGCGCCGAGAAGUGGCCAAGACGGUGUUCUGCCUGGUGGUGAUCUUUGCUCUGUGCUGGCUGCCUCUUCACCUCAGCAGGAUCCUCAAGAAGACCAUCUACAACCCCCAGGAUGCCGAUCGAUGUGAGCUUCUGAGCUUCCUCCUGGUCAUGGAUUACUUUGGCAUCAACAUGGCCUCGCUGAAUUCCUGCAUUAAUCCUGUGGCGCUCUACUUCGUCAGUCGGAAAUUUAAGAACUGUUUUCAGUCGUGUCUGUGCUGCUGGUGCCAGAGACCGGCCCUUGGCAUCGUGCCGACGGAUGACAAGGGCUCCGUUGGGAAGUGGAAGGCCAAUGGGCAAGAACUGGGCCUCGACCGGAGCAGCUCCCACUUGAGUAACAAGUACAGUUCAUCUUAGAAACUAUGAUACCAACCAGCUCCAAAGGAAGCCAUAUUGGAAGUGGCCUUGGUCAUCACUUAUUCUCCUG